AUGGCCACAGGUGCAGCUGGAGAUGGAUUUCUUCGGGGUGUAUUCGAAGGGUGCAUUUUAGGCAGGGAAACGGGAGUCCAAAGAAGGCCGUACCAUAAAAAUUGUGGGUGCCAAUUACAUAAAUCGGGUCAAAAUUGCUCGCAUUUGUCAAAAUAUAGAAGCGUGUCGUAUCCUGUUAGGCGAACUUGGAGCGAAGGUUGCCUCAUGUUGAUGGCAUCUGGGCUCUCGUCGUCCCCUUGUUCCUCCCCCGUCAUAUCCUCCGGGGAGAUAAAAAGGACGCAAACACAGUUGACUAUAUUUAAGGAGGAAGAAGAAGAAGAGCACACUAAG